CGCGCAACCACUUGUGUGCUCUUCCUCGUCCUCCUCGUCUUCCUCCUCGGCGAGUGGUAAGUGGAAUUGAGCCGCCCUGCCCUUCUACAUCCUCGUCCUUCCCACCCCAUCGCAUCCUCAACGCUCUCCGUAAGCAACGUUCAUGCCUUCUGCACCAUUCGCCCACCUGAGCGGCUUGAGGUGGAUUCGGAGGCCGAACGCGCAUCUGAGCAGGUCGGCCCGUCACGUCCAAAUGGCAGGUGGGCAGCGCGUCUUCUCGAAGUGUUCUGGGCACCCAGCGGAAGCACAAAGCACUCCAGAAGACCACCCGGAGCACUGCUUCAGUGAUGCAGGACACGACGAGGAGGGCUGUCGUGACGAGCGUGACGGUGUGAGAGCGCGGAGAUCUCUUGCAGGGGACAACGGGAAGACGGUGGAGGCGCAGAAGGGCCAGGAUCGGGCGGAGCAGUUGUGGGUGAACGGCUUCCCAGCCUACGAGCAGCAUCCGACCUUCCUCUGCCGAGGCGGACGGAAUGCUGCUCACGGGCUCGAGGGAGGGCUUUGCCAGGCGCCGUCCAGGCGCAUGGCCGGCGUGCUUCCAGGAUCGCUUCCCCACGCCCGUCCUCGGGGGACUCGGGAGGACGAGCAGCCGCGGGGCGAGGAGGGCGUCAAGGCCCGGAGGGCGGCGCGCAGUCCGCUGUGCCCCCCAGGAAUCAGGAGGGAAAGAAACACACAGACACAAUUAAUCGUCGAGUCCCAGGAAAAUAUGGGAAUUGGGCGGGAAGACAAAAAGCCAG